UAGACAGACACGUAAUCGAAAGGCAAAAGAGCCGCGUCAGUUUCACGCUUUCAAAAUCAAAACCCUUUCUAAUAUAAAAACCCUAAUUCCCUUCGUUUAUAUUCACUCUCUCACACACACAUCGCUCUUCUUCUUUCAAACAACGCUACUUUCUUUAUGGCUUUGCCCAAUCAGCAAACCGUUGAUUACCCUAGCUUCAAGCUUGUCAUCGUCGGAGAUGGUGGAACAGGAAAGACAACAUUUGUGAAGAGGCAUCUUACUGGAGAAUUUGAGAAGAAAUAUGAACCAACCAUUGGUGUGGAAGUGCAUCCAUUGGAUUUCUUCACAAACUGUGGCAAAAUUAGGUUCUACUGUUGGGAUACUGCUGGACAAGAGAAGUUUGGUGGUCUCAGAGAUGGAUAUUAUAUCCAUGGGCAGUGUGCAAUUAUAAUGUUUGAUGUUACUGCCCGACUAACAUACAAGAAUGUCCCUACCUGGCACCGUGAUCUUUGUCGGGUUUGUGAAAACAUCCCAAUUGUUCUUUGCGGUAAUAAGGUUGAUGUGAAGAACAGGCAAGUGAAGGCAAAGCAGGUUACUUUCCACAGGAAGAAGAAUUUGCAGUACUACGAGAUUUCAGCUAAGAGCAACUAUAACUUUGAGAAGCCUUUUCUUUAUCUUGCCAGGAAACUUGCUGGUGAUCCUAACCUGCACUUUGUAGAAUCUCCUGCUUUGGCUCCACCAGAAGUCCAAAUUGAUUUAGUUGCACAACAACAACAUGAGAAUGAGCUUGAAAAAGCUGCUAAUCAGCCACUUCCUGAUGACGAUGAUGAUGCAUUUGACUAGAACUUGUGCGUUUGGGGACCAUCUUCUAGUAGUGUUUGCUUAUUACGUGUGUUUCAGCAGUUGUAUUAUUCAUAUUUUUGGGUGAAAAUUGGAGGAUCUGAAUUCAACCAGUAUGAAAUGUUUUACUUGAAUUGAAAUUCUCAUAUAUCCUGAAUUUGAGAAUCUGAAUUCCCGCAGGAAUUAAAUCUACUAUCAUAGUCCUGUUUGAUAUUA